ACAACUUAACAGCCAGCCGGCAGUCAGAUGCACACACACUGCCGGGCAUGGUUCCAGCGCUAAAAAGGCACUAAUUGCUUUUAUAGAAGGAGGUAGAGACCGCGUCCCUCCGUGUCCGUACUCCUGAUGUCUGCAUUAUCGGAUCUGUUACCGUGUUGAUUGCUCCUGUCUCAGCAGCCACCGCGGGCUCUGUUCUGCCUAUGUCCGGGUUGGUGACAGGUCCCUCUGCAGAGAGAAGAGCAGUUCUGGGCGCACACAUGCCUGCCCAGCUGGACGGAGCGCAGUGAACUCAGGAGGAAUGGCCGCGCCAGCGCCCACCUGGAGUCCGUCCCUUCCUGGCCCCUGCACCCCAGGUCGCAUCGGCCCUUAGACGACGGAGCCCAUGAGCCCACCCCAGCCGUGAGCCAUUCCCAGCUCGCCAGCCCCGGUGGGAAGCAGCAGGGAAGGAUGGAUGUGGUUGACAGCCUCCUCGCCAACGACAGCAACCUCUCUCCUCCCUGCGAACUCCGCAUCGACAAUGAGACGCUUUACUGCGUGGAGCAGACCCAGCCUUCCAAGGAGUGGCAGCCCGCGGUGCAGAUUCUCUUGUACUCCUUGAUCUUCCUGCUCAGCGUCCUGGGAAACACGCUGGUCAUUACAGUACUGAUUCGGAACAAGAGAAUGAGAACGGUCACCAACAUCUUCUUGCUGUCCCUGGCGGUCAGCGACCUCAUGCUCUGCCUCUUCUGUAUGCCCUUUAACCUCAUCCCCAACCUGCUCAAGGAUUUCAUCUUCGGGAGCGCAGUGUGCAAGACCACCACCUACUUCAUGGGCACCUCUGUGAGCGUAUCCACCUUUAAUCUUGUAGCCAUAUCUCUGGAGAGAUACGGUGCCAUUUGCAAGCCCUUGCAGUCCCGGGUCUGGCAGACAAAAUCCCACGCCUUGAAGGUGAUCGCUGCUACCUGGUUUCUCUCGUUCACCAUCAUGACUCCGUACCCUAUUUACAGCAACCUGGUGCCUUUCACCAAGAACAACAACCAAACCGCCAAUAUGUGCCGCUUUCUGCUCCCCAGUGGUGUCAUGCAGCAAUCCUGGCACACGUUCCUGUUACUCAUUCUCUUUCUUAUUCCUGGAAUUGUGAUGAUGGUGGCAUAUGGAUUAAUCUCUCUGGAACUUUACCAAGGCAUAAAAUUUGAUGCUAACCAGAAGAAGUCUGCCAGAGAGCGAAAGGCCAGCCCGGGGAGCGGCAGCCGGUACCAGGACAGCGACGGCUGUUACCUGCAGAAGUCCAGGCCCGCGCGCAAGGUGGAGCUGCGGCCGCUGCCCGCCAGCCCCGGCGCCCGCAUACCGCGCAUCCGCAGCAGCAGCUCGGCGGCCAACCUGCUGGCCAAGAAGCGCGUGAUCCGCAUGCUCAUGGUCAUCGUGCUGCUCUUCUUCCUCUGCUGGAUGCCCAUCUUCAGCGCCAACGCCUGGCGCGCCUUCGACACGGCCUCGGCCGAGCGCCUGCUCUCGGGCACGCCCAUCUCCUUCAUCCUGCUGCUCUCCUACACCUCCUCGUGCGUCAACCCCAUCAUCUACUGCUUCAUGAACAAGCGCUUCCGCCUGGGCUUCCUGGCCACCUUCCCCUGCUGCCCCAAGCCCGGCCCCCCAGGGGCGCGCGGCGAGGGGGCCGACGAGGAGGACGGCAGGACCACCGGCGCCUCGCUGUCCAGGUACUCCUACAGCCACAUGGGCGCCCCGUGAGGCGGCGGCGGGGUCGCCGGGUGGGGCCUGGAGCGGGGGGCGCGGGUGGGGAAGAGAGGAGGAAAGGCGGCAGGAAGCAGAAGGAAGGCCCCGGGUUCGGGGGGGAACUCUGCUGGGACCCCACUAGGACAGGGUCCGUGACUCGGGGCAACACCUUGCCUGCAGCCUUUGUCACCGAAAGCACCGCUGCAGGCCAGUGCCAGGAGUCAGUGGGGCCAGUGCUGCCAAUGUAACUGCCCCGUGUCCAAACGGGGAUGAGGCCUUGCUCCACGUUAGAAGCUUCUAGAACCUCCAAGGCGGGUGGGCUUCCUUUCCCCCUCCAUGCUCUGCUGUUUCUGCCCUUGCGGAAUUGUGGGGAGUCCGCUCUGCCCUUGGAGAGUACACUGUUCUCUCUUGUCCGUGUUCUUUUCCGCUCCGUAGCAUCAGGACCACAGGUGAACAAACCCCUCUUCUGGCCGUUUCUGUACGGAGGGGGCAGCCUGACUUUCCCGGGGGAAGUGGUCAGGGACGCUCAGAGAUGUGCUUUGCGAUAUCUUUGGAACCACCUAAGGAAUGUUGGGUCAAAGAUGAAAUUUGGACAUUACACUUCUAAAAAGAAAAGAGCACCCAAGGCAAAGAGCCAGGUAGAAGUGGCAAAGGUGGUGUUCAUCUCCAAGGAGUUGCCAGAUUUCACACAGGGAAGUACAGGCUGGUCAGUUCUGCCUCCUAUCAGGAAUGGUAAGUGCCAGGCGGUCCAUAGUAAUCUAGAAUUGCUGCUUUCAUGUGUACUACUUCACUAACGCCAGCGUUACGUGGUGGUGUGCCUCGGCUUAAUUCUCAUACUCAUGGGACACUUCCUCUUUUCCACAAAGACCUCUAGGUACGAAGGAGACUAGUGACCCCUGUGUAACUGACCAAGAAAGGGAUUUGUGUCAAUUUGCCACAAAUUGUCAGGCAAAAGGAAGGAUAAAGGUGGCAUAUUUUUGACACAAUUAAUGUAGGGCUUUUUGAAUGUGGAAUCUCCCUAUGCCUUUGAAUACUAUCUCUGUUUGCAGCACUACUUGCAUUUUAUGUAUGUACAAGUGUAAACUGAACAUACACGUACGUUACUUCCAUAUAAGCAGAGUUUGGGGUAUGUUCAUAGAGAAGAAAAAUAAUAGUGAAUAGAUGUUGUAAUUCAAAUUGAAAAAUGUCAUUUACAUUCACAACAGUUGGAGUUUCCUGUGAACUUCUUUGCAAUGUUACAUCGAAAUCUUGCUUCUUUAAUCUAAAAAUCUGUUUGAAAAAAAAAAAGGCAUGAGUUAUAUGUGCAGGCACCAGGCAGUGCCUUUCCAGAGUCGAAUGUGUCUGUCGAUAUUUCUUAAUUCCUUUGUGUUGUUUUAGGGCAAAGUUGUCUUGUCUGCUUCAAUAAAUGAACACUGAU